GAAGAACACCAUGAACCAGGAUGGUGCAGCGUUGGAGGGCAGCAGCGAGUGGAAUUUCAGUGCAACGCUAGACAGUGAACUAGAACGACGUAAGAAAAAUACCAGCUAGGAGCCAAAAUGAGAAUCAUUGCCAAACAUCAGGUCGAAUGUACGGACAUUUCCAGGAUGAUCCGACCCGAGCCAAUUUUCGCAAAUAAACCCAUAGAGGCGUUUCGCCAAUACGAUGGUAUUGACAGUAUUCACGAACGGGUGUUUCGCACCUACAAAUUGAUGCAUACAUAUCAAACAACGGAAUUCGCCCAGGGCAAACUGAACGAAUGGUGCAAAUUCGAUCGCUUUUCCUCCACAAUUAUGGAGGCUUUAGAACGGCUCAACAAUCUAGUAGACGAAUCUGAUCCUGACUCGGAUCUACCAAACAUUGUUCACGCCUUCCAGACCGCUGAACGUAUUCGUGAAUCUCAUCCAGACCGUGACUGGUUUCACUUGACUGGUCUAAUCCAUGAUCUGGGCAAGGUUAUGGCGUUUUACGAGCCGCAGUGGGCAGUGGUCGGUGACACCUUCGUUUGUGGUGCUGCUUUUGCCCCAUCUAUUGUCUACCGUUCAAACACUUUUGAUGAAAACCCGGACUUGAACGAUCCUCGUUACAACACCGAAUACGGCAUUUAUUUCCCCAAGUGUGGGCUGGAUAAGGUGACCAUGUCUUGGGGUCAUGACGAAUACCUGUACCGAGUAUUGCGGAAUCACGGCACUACGCUACCGGACGAAGCUCUCUACAUGGUCAGGUAUCACUCGUUCUACCCGUGGCACUCCGGAGGCGAUUAUAUGCACCUGUGCUCUGAACGUGACUUGCAAAUGCUGCCAUGGGUCCGCGAGUUCAAUGAAUUUGACUUGUACACCAAAAGCGAUUCUAUUCCCGACGUGAAGGCACUCACCCCUUACUACCAAUCACUGAUUGACAAGUAUAUUCCCGGAAUUGUUCUUUGGUGAAUACUGCCAUUAUUGAACGAGAAAAA